UGAGUGAGUGAGUUUGGAGGCUGUGAAACCGGCGGACAAAAUUCGCGGAUCAGAGUCGUCGUAUCUCUUGGAAAGUUACGUGUAAUCGCAGUGGCUCGUUAAUUAAUUCGACGAAUUCAAUAUAAUUUUUUUUUUUUUCCCAACCAUAACAUUCUAAGAAAUCGCAAUUCUUUCUCUUUCUCUCUUUUUUGUCUCAUAUCGCCCAAUUUGUUUUUUUUCCAAACUUUCAGGAAAUAACACGUGACAAUCAUUCCGUUAGAAAAAAAAACCUGACCAAUGUGAGACAUUCAUCAUUUUUUUUUUUUUGUGCUCACAUUAAUUAAAUCAAGAGAAAGAGAGAGAAAAUUCCCCCCCCCCCUCUCCCCAAAAAAAUAAAGUUCAUUAAUGUCUGAUAAAAUGAUGUUAUCAGGGAAAUUUGGUUAUUUGGUGAGAGGAUUUUUUUAGUGAGGCAAGAGAAAAAAAAAAAAAAGGAAAGGAAAAAAGUGUGAUAAGAGGUGAUGGUGAAUGGGCCCGAAUGUUAUACGAUUGAUAUUGUGUUGGAGGGGACAAAUGAUUGGUCGAUUAUUUUUAAAUGUGGUGAUAUUGAGAGGGGAAAUAGAAAAAAAAUUGGUGAGGUGACUAGAGGUCAAAAAAAUAAUAAAGAGACAGAGAAAGAGAAAAAGAACGUGGGUGAAGGAAGGAGGCUUCAAUCACGACGGGGCCCAGCGCCGGGGCGGCGACAAGGCCCCCGGUGCAGGGAUACGAGGCCCAAAAAAUCGAGAACAACCUAGCAACGGCCCUGAAAUUGAAGGCGAGACCCACCACCCCCCCAUUGUCCUGGGGGCGAACAAGGAGUCGAGCUCGCCGACGGAGGCGACGGAAAAAGAAGCGACGGAGGUGCGGCCUAGCGUCGUCAGAGUGCUGGACAAAAAAACAAAAGACGUCCAGAGCGGCUCGUCACUUUGAACGAGGAUACCGCACCGAGGGAUGAGAAGAACUCUUUUUACUACCAAUAAAUCCCCCAGGUGUAUUUUCAAAAAAAAAAAGUUUUUUUCUAAUUGGCUAACUUACGGUUCUGUAUAGUGCUCCAGUUCUCCUUUUAGUGGUGAACCAAGUGUGAUAAUUCCAGUCUCAAAUGAUUAAGUGAUCCCGUGUAACAGUGUGAUAGCUAUUUAUAAAGUGCAAAGGGCAAAAUAGAAAAGUGUAGGGCGUGAGGUAAAUUAGUGGUUGUAAGUGGUCAGUGUUCGUAGACAAAGAGUACAAAAAGGAAAAAUUUAAACAAAAAAAUAAACACCAAAACAAAAGUGCAGAGGAGAGAAGAGGUGCGUCAUUGACAGUACAGUAGCAUGAGUUCGUAUUUCGCCAAUUCCUAUAUCCCGGACCUGCGAAAUGGCGGGGUGGACAAUCCCCAUCAGCACCAGCAUCAUUAUGGGGCUGCCGUCCAAGUGCCCCAGCAAAGCCAGUCCGUCACCCAACAGCCCCAACAGGGCGCUGAUCCAUGUGAUCCAAGUCUCCUUAGACAAGCAGUCCCAGCCCAUCAUUAUGGAGCCGGUGGACAACAGGGUAUGCCCUAUCCAAGGUUUCCACCCUAUGAUCGAAUGGACAUUAGAAAUGCGGCCUACUAUCAACAACAGCAGGAGCAUGGCGGCAGUCUCGAUGGUAUGUCCGGCUAUAGAUCGACAUCGCCAAGUUCUGGAAUGGGUCACAUGGGCCAUACACCAACACCAAAUGGACAUCCCUCAACACCAAUUGUCUAUGCAAGUUGCAAAUUACAAGCGGCUGCGGUGGAUCAUCAGGGCAGCGUCCUUGACGGUCCUGACAGUCCGCCCCUCGUUGAAUCACAAAUACAUCAUCAAAUGCACACCCAACAUCCACAUAUGCAAACCCAACAGUCACAACAUCAACAGUCCCAACAGCAUGCCCAUAUGCAACAGCAACAGCACUUGAUGUAUCAGCAGCAACAACAACAACCCGGUAGUCAAGCACCCACGGCUGCUAUGCAUCCGCAACAACAAUCUCAAACGCAACAGCAUCAGGGUGUUGUUACGUCACCGAUUGGUCAACAGCAACAGAGCACUCCUCAAGGUGCGGCUUCUGGAAAUCUUCCCAGUCCCCUGUAUCCUUGGAUGAGAAGUCAAUUUGAGAGGAAACGGGGUAGGCAAACGUAUACAAGAUACCAAACACUCGAGCUGGAAAAGGAGUUUCACUUCAAUAGAUAUCUCACCAGGCGGCGACGUAUUGAGAUCGCGCACGCCCUUUGCCUGACGGAAAGACAGAUAAAAAUCUGGUUUCAAAAUAGACGAAUGAAGUGGAAGAAGGAGAAUAAAACGAAGGGCGAACCUGGCUCAGGAGAUGGUGAAACGGACAUUUCACCACAAACAUCGCCCCAAGGUUGAGAGAAUAACUAUAUAAGAGGAAUUCUCUUUUUUAAAAAGAGGUCCUCUCACAAGGAUUCUUCAUAAACCUUGUUUCCACUACCUCCUCCCCCACCCCCCGAUGACCUCCAAAUGACCUCCCCUCACCCUCACAGCAAUGACGCUUAUCUUGUCGUGUUAAUCAUGUUGCUCGUACCAAAAAGAAGACGAAACAGGAAGCAGAGGAAAAGUUGCCGGACCAGAGAGGAGAAUUAGAAAAAGAAAAAAUAACCUCACAGUCAGAAAGAGGGGAAAAUCCAGUCGUUACGGGAAUGCGCAAUUCUAUACUAUGAUAAGAACGGUGUUUAAAUUUAAAAAAAAAAAAAAACUGGAUCGCAUGCUAAUCAGAACCGCGUUAACCUCUAUUACGUUUAAUCGAAUGUAAUUUACUAAAGCCUAUAUAUAAAUAUAUAUAUAUAUAGAGAGAGAGAAAGAGAUACGAAAAUAUACGUAACUUAAUGUGACUUGACACGCAUCUUUUUAUGUGGAACAAAAAUGAAUGUGAAAAUGUAUGAAUGAUUACCAGAGUAAAAGAUUGUCGUAUAUGAGACCUGAUAUAGAGGAAAAAGUUUUAUUAUUAUUUAUUUCUCUUACGUAUAGUAAAUACGUAGUGUACCUAGAGUUUGUUAGUGUAGAUACCGAUUAUACAUUAUGUCUCUAGUAGCGGUAGGUAGACGGUUUAGUAUCUUAGAGAUCGUUUAGAUAGUCCUCUACCACCGCGGUGGCUCGGCAAGGAUGUAAAAAUUCCCGACGUGCCAAGUGUGAUCUGAUAAUGUUUCUCACGGAAGGGAAGUGGGUCGCGGAUUAUUCGCUAUAAAAAGAAAAAUAAAAUAAUUCUCUCAAAAAUGCAUUUAAAAAUUUCCUUUUUCCAAAAAAAAAAAAAUUGUUUUACAAAUUUUCUUUAACGGAGAGAUAUAUUCAAAAAAAAAAAAAAAAAAAACCCCGUGGAAAAUAAGAUCUGAUACCCAGUGAUACGGUGAUACGUGUAAUCCAAUAUAUAAUAGAAAAAAAUCGAAAAAAAAAACCAAGAAUGAAUGCCUGAAUGAGAGAAGAAAAAAGAAAAGAUCGAGAAAUUGACUUCAGUGCCCUCCGGCGGAGCAGAGUGGAACUUCCUCAACGUCAUCUCAAGGUCAGUUCUAUAAGACUUAUAGGUAUUUUACUGUGUAUAGUAAAUAAGUGCACGUUAAUACCUUUACUUUCUUAUGGAGUCAAUCAGCUUUUUUUUAUUUACGUAUUCCCCCCCCCCUAACCCCAAAUAGAAAAUUCACCACUUGUGAGAAAGAUCUAAUUUUUUUGAAUCUCUUGAAGGAUUUUUAUUACUGUAAAUAAAAUUAAAAAUAUAAAAAGAAUGCGUAAAUAAAAUUUUGCUUAUGAAUGAAGAAAAAAAAAAAUACACCGACUUGAGAUGAAUUCAAUUUUAUUUAAAAAUAAAAAUAUGCCGGGCGUUAAUAUUAUCUAACAAAUGAAAGUUUAAUUAUAAUAUGAUAUAUUAUUGUAAAUUAUAAUAUCAUAAUACAUAGUAUUAUGAUUAUAUAUUAUGAUAAUAUUUUCAUUAUAAUAUUAUAUUAUGAUAUUAUAAUGCUGUAAUAUUUAAUUAUAUAUAUAUAUAAUAUAUAUAGCUUACCGUUACUAGAAAAAAUGAAUCCGAAAAUGGAUUUUUAUAAUGAUCUCGGAUCAGUGAGCCUGUAGUGAUUAUAUUUUCGUCCGCUAUGCGAUUAUCGAGAUUUCAAAAUAGAGUGAUAUUAUUUAGCGAAAAAUCUAUCCCUGCUCCGCAGACGUGAGGCCAAGUUACCAGUGACGUGAGAGAAAGAAAAAACGAAUGAAAUUGAAACACUUGAUUGCUUUUUUUAAAAAAAAUCGUUUUUUGCUCCUAGGUUGAGAAUCCCUGCGCUACUCCCCACUCUUUUAUAUCCAGCGCUCUCCGAUUGGACGCACUGUCGAGGAGUGGGGCGUAAGGCAGGGGUUCUCAACAUAGGAUCCGUAAAACUAGAAAUAUACUUAUUUUAUUCUCAAAAUUGUUAUUUUGAGAUGAAAGCAAUUCUUUUUUUUUUAGAAAAUACAUGCUUUGUAUUCGUGAGUAAAUUUAACCUUUCAAAAUAAAUGUUCUCGACUUAAUUAUUAUUGUCCAAAGGUGACAUUUGCAUUAAAAUUGAGAUCAAAGCACUCUUGUUGUUGAAAGCUUGUAAUUAUAGCCAUUUCUAUGGUGUUUUGUUGUCCUUAAAGCGUAACAGCCAAUCUCGACUUGAAGUCAACUGACGGGAAAUUAAAUUAACUGAUUCUAAAUUAUUUUUAAUUCACACAUACAACUUCUAAAUUGGUAAAUAGUUAUUUAUUAAAAAUUUAAUUUAAAAUAAAAACUUUAAUUUUUUUUUUAAAUACAAAGUAAAAUGAAUUGAGAGCAUCUAGUUAGUAAUUAAAAAAAAAAAUCAAGUGUUUCUGAAAUGAAUGGUAAACGAAUAAUUGUCGGCCCGUUAGUGCAAUCGAUCUUUAAUCGAUUGUCAAAGGGAUAAAUCAAAUCUCGGUUGACCGUGACCGCGCCGCGACGAAUUUUGUGCUGUGUUGUAAAAUUAGUUAUCGACACUUAGUUUUUAUGAUACACACGACAACAAUAUAUACGUAAUUGAGAUAUAUUAUAUUAUUAUUAUUAUUAUAAAUAUAGACAAGGAUAUUCUAUUUAAUGAAGAUUUUUCCAACGCGUCGCCUAGAGUCGAAAAAAAAAAAUUAUAGUAAACAUUCAUUUUUUCCUGGCUAAAAUUAUAAUUGUAUAUCAAAUAUCAAGGGCACAGAUUUUUUUAAAAUUAAUUUUUAAUUGUUAUAGAAGAAAAAAUAAAUUGUACCUCGGAACCUUAAAUUAUGCAUUUAUUAUUAUAAUAAUAUUUAUUAUUAUUAUUAGUAGUUUUAUAAUUAUUGUAAUAUAAUAAUUAAUGUAAUAAAUAAUUUUUAGAAGGGAAUUUAAUUAAAAAUUGAUUUCAUGAGAAAAAUUGAAAUAAUUAUAUUGAUAACGGAUUAUAUCUAAAAGUGGAUUUAUAAAUGAAUCUGCUGCCCUUGAUACCAAUGUACGUAAUAUGUGGUCCAUAGCUCGGUGUGUCGAUUGAGCACGACCAGCCUUUCUUUUCUAAAAGAUUUAUUUAUGUGCUUUUUACCUUUAGAGCGCAACGAACUGUAAAAAAAAAAAAAAAAAAAACCCCGGCCAUCGCUCGUUGCAACGUCGAUUGCAAUUCGAAAAGCCCGCCGGUUUUCUGAUCGACCAAUGGCGACCGCGCUGUCUAUAAAUCAACGUUAUCACGCUUUCAUGAAAGUGCAUUUCGUUGAGCGAACGAUUUUUUUUUUUUCAUCAUACGCCCAUCGAGACUUCAAACUUGCUCCAUUUUGUUGAAAAAAAAAAGAUACCACAAAUUUCACUAAUACAAAAAAAUAUAUUUUUUUGAAAAUUAAAUAAUUCUCAUAUACAUAAAAAAGAGGUUUUUUUUUAUUUCAAUUGAUUAAGAAUUAAAAUAAUAGAAAAUUAAUUUUAGUAAAUUUUUUAAUUAAAUUAUAUGUGUUAAAAAAUUAGUUUUUAAUUAUUUUAUGAUUGUUUUUUUUCGAUGUUUAAUGAACCAAAUCGGUUGUUUGUCUUGAGUUUUCUUCUUUUUUUUUUCUAUUCGUAUGUAAUAUGUUUAGAAUUUUUAAAUCUCGGAAACUUGAGGCAAAUAAAUCUUAGACCAACGAUUAUUCUAAAAAGAUAAGUUUUUUUUGUUGAUUUUUGCAAUUUUUUUCUUUUAUACAUAGAGAAUAGUUGUUUAGUUUUUUUUUUUGUUUUGUUGAAUAUAAACAAUUCAUCUUGAAUUUUAAUUGAGCAUUAAUGUCAUCUAAUCUAUAUGGGUCGCUUAAUAAUGGCAUAUUGAAGUGCAGGGUGCGGCUCGCGAGACAAAGAGUUAGAUUUAUCGCCUUUUGAGUCACUAUAUUGUUGCGCCACCUUGUAUAUAUAUAUAUAUAUUUAUAUUUUACGAUCUCUUAAAGUGACACUCGAGGAGACAGAUUUGCAAUAAAAAAAAAUUUAUAAAAAAAAUUUGAAAUUUUCAAAAAGUUUUAAUUAUUUUUUUUUUCGUAAUUUUUUUUUACUUUAUUUUUAUCGAUCGUAAAAUAUCCUUGUACAAAUGAGAAAGUGCAAUCCUUUCAAUUUGCAAUGUUGCAAAGAAAAAAAAAGUAGUUUAUAAAAAGAAAAAAUAUUUAUAGAGUAUAUCGAAUUUUUUUUUUUCAGGCGGGCUUCGCGAAUCGUUACAAAGAGCGAUCGUCGCGACAACCGAUGUACGUAUAAAAAAAAAAAAAAAAAAAAAAAAAAAAAAAAAAAAAAAAAAAAAACAA